UCGAGAUUCAAAACGGAACAACUAGAAGAAGAAGAAAAAUCACAGCAACCUAAAAAUGGCGUCAUUGACUUCAACGAGUCCUACAAUUAUAACUACAACUAGGGUUUCAUCUUCAUCUUCAUCACAGUCUUCAUGUCUUCAUUCAAAAACCCAUCUCAGAUUAAACCCUUCUUUCUCCCCGUUCAGAAACAAUAGAAUUUCUCUGAGAAUCAGAGGGGAUUUCAAAGUUAUUAAAGCUACAACUGAAGAGAAGACAUACCAAAUACCAAAACAACCAGAACUUGAUAACACUGGUGGUGACGGUGGUGGUAGUAUCGGUAGUGGAGGAAGUAGUGGUGGUGGUGGAGGUGGUGGUGACGGAGGUGAAGAAGAAGAAUUUGAAGGAGAUAAGAAGAAGAAGAUGGCUGGUAUGUCCAUGUCUCAGAAAUUGACCCUGGGUUAUGCUGCUCUUGUUGGAGUUGGUGGAUUAAUGGGCUACUUGAAGAGUGGAAGCCAGAAGUCAUUAACAGCAGGAGGAUUAUCGGCCUUGCUACUGUUUUACGUCUAUACACAGCUUCCUACAAACCCGGUCUUUGCUUCGGCCUUGGGAAUGGGUUUAUCAGCUGCUCUUCUAGGAGUGAUGGGUUCUCGCUUCAAGAAUUCGGGAAAGGUCUUUCCAGCAGGUGUUGUGUCCGUUGUUUCCCUGGUGAUGACUGCUGGCUACCUUCAUGGGAUUGUCCGAAGUGUGCUACAUGGUUGAAAACUCGAGAAUAUAGCCUCAGUCCUGGCAAAAUCAUAAUAAUACUUUUACCCUUUUUGGUCUUUUUUCUCCGUUGAGUCGAGCUAGUUUGUUUGCUUGUUUGUUUUUUUAACACGUAGCAGUCUGCAGGGUAUGUGUGUUGUAUGAAUUACUCUUCUCGUUCUUUAUAGUAAUUGGUUGCCUUUCUGUGUGCCUUUGAUCA